AACCUGGGAACGACACCGUAUUGUAGCGAUGAGUGGACUGUGUCAGGAUCAUUUCUAUUUCUAAAGGCCCACUGGUCCAGGCCCAUUUGUCACUUACUACUUGGAGUCGAGUUUUUGAGAGAUCAGGUGGGCUGAACAACCACUUGCCCAAAGAUGGGGGUGCGAACCUUUUCUUAUCGACUAUUAUAAAGCCAUGCAUUAGACUUAGUAUUGUUUAUAUGUUUUAUAAUCGACUAUUAUAUGUAUCCAUGAUGCAUUAUGCCAUAGCUCAUAUAUUUAUUUAUUCGUUUUUACUUAUAACAUUUACUGCGUAAAUUAACACUGGAUUCAAAUUUUCUUCUAAAAUGGAAGAUCUUUAUAUAUAAUUAAUUGCUUACUGAUAAAGUAUUAUGAAUUUUUAAAAAAAAAUUAUAAAAGGAAUGAUUAUUUUGGUUGGUUUGAUUAGUAAUAUAUUUCUUCCAUUCUUCACAUCCACUUCUUUAACAUACUUCUUUCUAUAUAUACUUUAUUAUAAUUUUUGCAAUCACUAGCUAAAAAAAUAUACAGUGAAGAAACUCAUAUAAAAAACAGAAAAAACAAAAAGAAUAGUAUGCAUAAACAGUUGUUAAUUUUGUAAUAGGUCUCCAGCACCAACCAGAAUAAUUCAGAAAAUACAAAAAAAAAAAAAAAAUACAACAGAAGAUAGUGACAAAUGAUGCAUAUUAUACACAUCAAUAAUUGGUUUGAACCUCAUAUUUACAAGGAGACCCAAUCAGCCACAAACCUAUUCUCCUUCACACCAAAAAAAAAAAAAAAAAAAAAAACUAUGGAGUCUCCGCCGUCAACUUCUCCGGCGACUCCCCUCCGCCGUAGAAUCUCCAUCGCAACGCCAACGUCCGUGAUCACCUCCGAUAUCCCUUUCGCAAUCGAAUCUCCAUCGUCGUUCGAUUUCGACCUCAUCUCCAUAAAACCACCUUCCUCCGUAGCCUACACAUCUCUCAGAGACAUCAUCUCGUCUCCGAGCAACUCCUCCGUCAAGCUACCGUCUAUCAACGGCAGCAGCUCUCCAGUCUUAUCCACCGUCGGAGAUAUUUCGAUCCGCGACCCGCUCGUUAAGCAGGCCGCGUGGUCUUAUCUACAGGCGACGGCGCAGACUUCGUCGGAGGACUCGGCUGGGUGUCAGUUCCUCCGCCGCGUGUGGAUUCAUUUCUCCGCCGGAGUGCAGUUCUUGAGACGUGUGUUCGAGUGGGUUCUGCAUUCGAUCUGUGCUCCUCAGAUUGUUAAGUAGAGUUGAUGAACACAAUUGUUUUUGUAUACAAUAAAAUCAAAAGAUAUUGAUUUCGAUUUCUAAAAUUGUAUAGUUACAUGAUUCUCUCAGCAGUUCCGGUAUGGUCCGGUUUGGGUUUACAAA